CAUCAUCUUCGAGCAAUGUCCAGCUUCGACAAGACAGUCAAGUUAGCUUGCAAACCAAAGGCGGCUCCUCCAAAGGCAAAGUACCUGGAUCCUAUAAUUGCUGCUACUUGGUCAGAAGAUGGCGCUGUCCAUGACGUUUGCAAAGCGCUCGUUCCCCGCCUUCGCGAACCUAAUGCAAUCGUUGUGUUCAAGGCACUAAUCGUACUCCAUACCAUGAUUCGCAAUGGAGCAACAGACAACCGAAAUGUCUCUGCCGGUAACUGGGAAGGAUACAACGCUCCCCAGAAUCUCCAGCACUAUGCUAUUUAUUUGGAUUCCCGCAUACGCGCAUAUCGUGAUUUGAAGCAUGAUGCAAUCCGCGUUCAGGCAGAGUCAAAUCGUGACAUGCGCGUCAAUAACUCCAUCGAAGAGGAUAUGGCAUACUCCAGUGCCCCAGCCCCAAAGUCAUCAUCCACCAAGUCCAAGGUGCCUCAAAGGAGUAAAACAAUUAUGGGAAGGAAAUUGCGCGUCAUGACAGUGGACAAGGGUCUACUCCGGGAGACCAAGACUGUGCAAACAAUGAUUGACACCCUGGUAGAGUGCAGGUUCUAUCUCGAUGAUCUGGAAGACGAAUUGACUAUUACUGCGCUCCGCAUGCUCGUCAAGGAUUUACUCAUUCUUUUUCAGGCCGGCAAUGAAGGUGUCAUUAAUGUAUUAGAACACUAUUUCGAGAUGUCAAAAAUUGACGCUGAGCAGGCGCUCUCCAUAUAUCGUCAUUUCUGCACUCAGACAGAACGAGUGGUCGAGUACCUGGGCGUCGCAAAGAAAUUGCAGAAUCUACUCAACGUUCCUAUCCCAACAUUGAAGCAUGCAAGUAGAGCCCCUGUGUCGUUGGCGGGUGCACUUCAAGAAUACUUGAACGACCCCAAUUUCGAGCAGAACAGGAUUGAGUACAGGACAAAUAAGGAAGCUGCCGACAGAGAUGGCAAAAAUCGCAGUGCUCUAUCUUCGGCGCCUAAAGCCUCAUCGUCGCAAGUAACCUCCACUGCAUCCACAUCUACCCCAUCAGAUGGGCCAUCCACUCAAGCUCCAUGUCCUGUACCCAAGCCUGAAACUUCUCAGGCUAUGGCAGACUUCUUUGCUUCUGUAGAGGAAGAUCAACCUGCCAUGUUCAAUCCUACGAGUAGCAGCUCGACGUCCAACCACUUCCGUCAACAGCCGGCGUCCAAUCCUUUCGUUCAGCGACAAAUGACGGGUGCUUUCCAAGGUCAACCUUUUGGUUUCCCUGGUCAAAUUCAACCGCAGGCUACUGCCUUCCCUCAGUCCUUCCAGUCAGUUCAGCCCAACACCUUUAGUCAGCAAUCGCCAUCCACUCAACACCAACAUCGACCUUUCUCCACCUUCUUACAACCACAACCUACUGGAUUUGUAAUGCCACAAGGCACAGGUUUCUUGCAGCCGCAAGCUACCGGCGCAAACCCAUUCAGACAGAGUAUGAUGAUGAUGCAAGGGACUGGUUCACCUGCUUUCAACUUUGGGGCAACGAACGCCUUCUUGCCCCAAUUGCAACCUGCUGGACAAACCAACGCACCAUUCCAGCCGGCUUCCCAGCCUCAGCCGUCGUGGUCUUCGAACGGAUUUGCUGUGCAAACGCCUUCCACAAGUACACAAUUUGGACAGAUCAAUGGAGCGCGCACAUCAUUUGACGUCCCUACUCGACCUGCUUCGACUCCCCUCACAACUUUUGGCACAACACAGGCCUCUUCGACCUCGCCACCAGUAGCACAACCUGUCAAACCUCAUCAGACUGGUUCACGCAAUCCGUUCGGAGUGCCAAUCACGCCAGCCCCGCCAGUACCAAAGCCACCAACACUGAUGGAGCUGGCCACGGCUAUCGGAAGCUCGAAUAAUGUUCCGCCUGCUGAUUUUGCACCACCUCAGACUCAACGACCACAACAGACGAGCUUUUUUGGGCCCCCAGGCGCUUCUGGUGGCGAGUCAUCGAUAUCGGGUGUUGCCUCGUCCUUUACAUUCGGCCAAAAGUCAGAGGACAACAAAUUCAGCACUAGCGAUUCUGGAAUAGUUAACACACAGACCACCAUGGCCGCAUCGACUGCAUCAGAUUCUUUGUUUUCUUCCUUCUCUCCACUGUCCACGCAACCUACGAGUGCUACCACUCCUUCCAUGUCGCCUUCGAGUGACCAGCUAAAACCCCAAAUGACUGGUUUUAGUGGCAUUAAGCCAUUUAAACCCACAUCGUCCUUUGGGGCUUCCUUGUUAGAAUCACUACCUCCAAUACCACAAUCCGGUCCCACUACUCCUAGUGUCACUGGUAUGCCCGGUAAUUUCUCUUCCCCACCAGCCUCGAGCGGGAUAGCUUCUGCUUUUGGCGCUAGCGUUUCAAGCAUCGGACAGCUGCCCGCUGUUGGUUCACACCCAGAGAUAAAACCCACGCUUGGGGUAGGUCUCAGACCCCAAGCAACCGGUGGAGCUAACCCUUUCAGGGCUACGAUGUAUACUACAUCUUUGCCCAAUGCCGGAGGUGGAUCUGUGUUGCCCAUUAUGGGUUCGCUGCCACAGUUUAGUGGAACCAAUGAAUCCUCACCCUUUGCAUCCAGUUACGGAAGGAGCCCUUUUGGAUACCCUGGUGCCCAUGAUCCCUCACAACAGCCUUUCCAACAGCAAACCGGGACUGCAUCGCUUAUUUAGUCUUCACCUGUCUCUCACCGUCUCAUUCACGCAUAUAUUCCUUUUUCAAUUCUAUCUCUUAUCGCUAUUCCUCGCUCAAGUCCCUACUGUCGUUUACGCUCGGAUAUCACGUUGCCUGGACCUCCCAUUCAUUUCUUCUUUACCUGUCUCCUGUAUAAUCUAGUAGUCGAGCUUGCGGAAGCGUCUUGAAUAAGGACCAAUUUUUGCUUUGCA